AUGCCCAAGGAACUCAAUACCCCAUCGCAAUCCAAAGCGGCGAGGAAACGUGAAUCGGAAAACAAAGCAGCGUCCACGGCGAAAAAAGCCAAACUUCUGAAGAAUCUCGACAUCACGAAACUGGGGGGUAUAGUCCACGGCCGCGUCGUUUCAAAAUCUAACAUGAAGAAUUGGAAGAAGAAUAACCAAGAAGGGAAGCUCUUCUCCUUUGUUAUCGAAGACUCAUCCGGAAGUAUACAAGUUGUGACCUCGGGAGACCGCUGUGAUGCCUUACACGAGGAAAUAACAGUCGGUGACUGCUACCGGCUGAACGCGUUCACCUUACAUGAAAGCAACCCGCUUUACAACAAAACUAAACAUCCUCUGGAAAUCCACAUAACGAAGCUGAGUCAAGUGAAGAAGAUUCAAGGAAAGAAUUUGCCAAGGAGCAAGAUCAACAACAUCACGAUCGCAGAGAUUAUGAACACGGAGUUGAAUACCUUAAUCGACAUAAUUGGAAUAGUUUACGAGGUCGGACACCCGCAGAACUUAUCAUGCCGUGAUGGAGUGAUGCGCAUCAAGCAAAAUAUACGACUUGUAGACAACACACUACGCGUGGUAAACCUCGGAGUGUGGAACAACGCACAAAACUUCGCGGGAACUGAGGGAAAAUGCGUUGCCAUAACCAAUCUUCUGGUUCGCGAAUACGCGGGAAAAAAAGUACUGACAACAACAGACAGUACGAUCCUCAAGAGCGAACCGAAUGACCCAGACCUGAAGACUCUCGAAGCAUGGUUUACGCGUGAUGGCCAAUAUCAGGAAUUCCAGGAACUCGCGAUCGCCAAACCGUCGCAAGCAACGACAAGUAGCGUCCCGGAUGAAACAAAUCACCCGUAA